AUGGCCUCUUUCUUCAAGAACGCCUUUGGUGGUGAAAAGGCCCCCGCGGCUGCCAAUCCAGACUCUGACUUUGCCGACUUCGCCGAAGCUCCUAGUCCUGCUCCUGAGGUCGUCGCCCAGGAUGCGACAACUGGAAGUGCUGCCGCCGCUGCUACCACGGUCCCCUUCACCAAGUGGUACAAUGUCCACGAGCGUCAUUCCAUCUCCGAGUUCAAGAUGGAGGGCGUCAUCCUCCUCAUCUCGAGUGUCGUCUUCCUGCUUCAUAUGAUCGGUGCUCGUCGCAAUCGCUCCCGAGCCAAGGCCUGGAUCCGCGCCCACGCCCCCGUCUUCCACAAGGAGUACGCUCUCGUGGGCUUCAGUGGCGUCCCCACCGCGGACAACGAGGAUGUCAACCCGGAAACCCUCAUCAAGGAGAAGUCCCUCUUUGAGUUUGCGACCUACGCUACCGGCCGACAGAACACGGCUUUCACCGAUGUCAAGCUUACUCUCACCAAGAAGUUCAACCCUAUCGUCAACGGCUUUGAGCACCUCGCCAGCUUCUUCAUCGAGUCUUUUGAUACACCCACGGAUGCCGUUGAGGUGAUCACCUACCCGUUCGACGGCAAGGAGAACCUCACUGUCCCUUCCCUCCCUGGAGCUUCCGAGAUUCGCGCCAAGGAUGCUAAGAGCACCUACGAUGGCUUCGUCUGGGGUGUUGUUCACAAGGAUGUCAUGCGCCGAGUCCGCGACGAGCGAUACGACGUGUCUCUUACUUUCACCAAGGAUAACCCCAAGCUUCCUGCCUGGCUCACCGUCAUGAGCGAGAGCGCCGAGAUCACUGAUACCCUGCUUUACCCCGAGCUCAUUGCUGCCAUCAAGGCUGCCGGCGACCUGUUUGAGUACAUAAUCAUCUCCGACCAGCCCGUCGACAAGCCUCUUACCCUCGAGGAGACCUUCCCCCGCAAGCGUCUGUUCCUCAAGUACGCCCUGCCUUCCAGCGGCAACUACGACACCCUCCUGCCUCUCUUCUCGCACUUCCUCCAGUUCCCCGAUGUCCUCGUCAAGGUUGCCCACUUCCGCCCUGAGGUCUCCAAGAAGGUCCGCACCAUCCGCGAGAACGCCAUCAGCGAGCUCAAAAAGAGCGCCGAGAGCCAGCGCCAAGAGGAGCUUCUCGUCGAGAAGGAGAAGGCUCGCAAGGCCAAGCGUGAUGCCGAGCUCAAGGGCCUCGAUGCCAAGGCUCAAAAGCGAUACCUCGAGAAGGAGAAGGAGAAGGAGAUGCGAAAAGCCCAGAGGCGACAGACACAGCGCGCUUAA